ACUCGGAGCGCAACAGUGUGCUCUUCGAGGCCUGGCUAGGCUGCGGAGGAGAAUGGUCCAAAAGCAGUCUUUACAUCAAUUGCAAGUCGACAAGCAGCAGUGUCCGAAAGGGUGUCAGGCGUUGGAUGACGAAGAGUGAACUCACGUCCCGCCAUGGAGAGGACAAUGCAGAAGCCAUCAUUCUGCGCAAAUUGCAGGACCCGACUUUGUGUACCAGCGAAGUCAAGAAGCAUCCUGAUUUGCCAGACAGUCUGGAGUUGAUGCAGUUCCUUUGCCUUGACUCAGAAGUUCAAGUAGAGAAGGAAGAGGAGAUUAUGUCCAUGCUUUACAAAGUGGCGGAGGCUCCGGACUCUUCGAGCUCAGACUCUUCUUCGGCCAAGAAGGUCAAGAAGAGCAAGAAAAGCAAGAAAGACAAGGAUGAAGGCAAGAGUGCUGAUUCCGAACUUCGGGCUACGACCUCAAAAGCCAAAGCUGCCCUACCCUCAGAGAAAUCUUGA